AAGGUGCACAGUAAGCUGUCUUCUUCUCUUCCAAAGUUGUUAUGAUGCGUGUUCAUCAAUUUGGAAACUUGUGUGGAUUACAUUCUCCAACAUUGCAUUGCUCAACAUUGGUGAUACGAAGAUGAGCAUGAUAUGGAAGUUGAUACUGCUACCUCUUCACUUCAAGCUUCUGCAAAACAUCCAUUACCGGAGAUGGAAAUCUACUACUACUUGCUUGUCUUGAUAUUGCUGAUUGAUCAAAAGAAGUACAAUGAGAACGUGAAUAUGAGGACUGUUGAUGUUCUAACUGCUAGGCUUUACUUCUACUACUCUCUCAGCUGUGAACUACUUACCGGUGACCUUACUGAAAUUAGAGGUAACCUUCUUGCCCUGCACCGAAUUGCAACAUAUAUUGCGUCAUGAUGAGCUGGGACAGGUUUUAAUUGUGGGGAAGCUGCAAAUUUCAGAACUCCACGGUGGCUUCAAGUAGCUAAAGAAGCUGCGGUACGGAGAGCCUCUAUGAACCAUCUUCCUAUGCUUUCUCAUCAGCAGCUGCUAUAUGUGUUGACCAUGUCUUUUGUUUUAAGGUUAGUUGUUGGUAUACUGAUGGAAAAUAAAGAAUAUGUGUUUAGAAUAUUGAUAGGUAUAAUUUCUUUUAAAGAUCUAUACUGAUGUUGUACUUAGAUGACAGUAAUUAAAGAUCUACAAUUUAUUUUAAAGAUCUAUGCUGAAAUUCUUGCUUUUUGUACCCAGAUGACAGUAAUG